GGCCAUUCAAAAUAUGAAAAUAUCCUGAAAUAUGGUGCAGUGAGGCCAAACAAAAAGAAAACAAAAGCUGCUCGUAAACCUCAGCAGAGACGGCGCUGUCGGAACAAAGCUCAGCUGACGGUGGAAAAAGCAUCAAAUGUCCUCUGAACGCAUCAACGUCCUCUUAAGACACUGACGUCCUCUGAAGACACCGACGUCCUCUGAAGACACCGAUGUCCUCUGCGUGCUCCCCGACACUCAGAGGAAUAAAAACAAACAUAGAGAGUGGGGUAACUGUUUGAGCUAGGUGUGCUUCCUGUUUCAGGGCUGUCGAUCCGCAGCGUGUGCUGGAAGGCAGACCGGAUCCUGGCGGGGACGCAGGACAGCGAGAUCUUCGAGGUCAUGGUCCGAGACCGGGACAAACCGGUUCUGCUGAUGCAGGGUCACAGCGAGGGCGAGCUGUGGGCGCUGGACCUUCACCCCAAACAGCCGGUCGCCGUCACCGGGAGCGACGACCGCUCCGUCAGGCUGUGGAGUCUCCCUGACCACACCCUGCUGGCUCGCUGUAACAUGGAGGAGUCUGUCCGCAGCGUCUCCUUCAACAACGACGGCUCUCAGCUCGCUCUGGGGAUGAAGGACGGCUCCUUCACCGUGCUGCGCGUCAGGGACAUGACGGAGGUGGUGCACAUCAAGGACAGGAAGGAGGUGAUCCACGAGCUCAAGUUCUCCCCGGACGGCUCCUUCCUGGCGGUCGGCUCCAACGACGGGCUGGUGGACGUCUACGCCGUCGCUCAGCGCUUCAAGAAGGUCGGCGAGUGCAGCCGCUCCGCCUCCUUCAUCACACACCUGGACUGGUCUGUGGACAGCCGCUUCCUGCAGACCAACGACGGCGCCGGAGAGCGCCUCUUCUACAGGAUGCCAG